AUGAUAGAACGUAGUUUUUCUAAUAAAAAAACCCAGGAAAUAUUAGAUAAGAUAUUUCCAGAAGUAUCGUCGAAAGACAAAGUCGUAAAAUAUUUCAAUUUGAUCCUAAAUAGAUCUAUUUUUUUUAAAUGUUAUUUAAAUGAACAAAACAUUAGAAAAAUUGACUCCAGGUCUGUAAAUUUUUUAAAGAGGGUUGUUUGGUACGAUUUUUGCCAACAUUGUGGCGUUAAAGAUUUUAAAAACAAUCUACGUGAUUCAGAACGAUUUUAUAAUAAUACUGGCUACAUCAAUCCAUCUGCAACAGUAUAUAAACGAAAAUCCAUAAGAGAAGAUUCUACUCCUUCCAUAUCUCAGCAAUCCAUUCAAGAAAUUACUUUAAAUAAUCCUUCCACAUCUCAGCAAUCCAUUGAAGAAAUUACUUUAAAUAAUCCUUCCACAUCUCAGCAAUCCAUUAAAGAAAUUAAUUUAAAUAAUCCUUCCACAUCUCAGCAAUCCAAUGAAGAACAUACUUUAAAUACGAGUUUAAAUAAUACAUCUAAAAAAUAUACUGUAAAUCAUCCUUACACAUCUACUUUAAAAAAUCCGUCUAAAGAAAAUAAUCAUCCUCCACGUCUCAAGAAUCUAUCAUAA